AUGCCCGAGCAGCGGAAUCGCUCGACCUCCCAGAAUUCCGAAUUCCGGCCACAAGCCACGAGCUUCCCGUUUCCCGCGCAUCAGGGACAGUUCGGUCGGUACGUGCACCAAGCUCCGGGAAAUUCCCACCCAGCUCUGCCGCUGGACACGCGGCUACCAAUGGAAAUUGAUCCAAACGUGUUUGAGCUGUCAGCCAUGGCAGAGACUCACCGGCAAGUAGCAGACAUGCAGACCAGUGGCCAGGGCCACACGACCCAGCCACCGGCCAAUGUCGGGCCAAACUCGCAGGGAAUGGGUAAUUCGGCGCAGCAAGCGACCGGGAAUGGCUCCCAUUUCCCCCAACAGGUCUCUGAAGGGACCUUUGAGCCUGGUGUAUCCGAACUCGCGGCAAACGCGGAAACAGACGAAGGAAAUCAACAAGAGACAAUAACAUGCGGUCAGUUGGAGCUCAACACUGAACAUUCUCGUCCCUCCCGCCUUUCCCCAGGAGAGCCACAGCAGAGCAUGGAGCCCUCCUUGGGGGACGAAGCAGGAUACAGAAAGUAUUCAAUGGAACAACUUGCCCAUGAACAGCCUGACGAGGGGCAACUAACCAACGAGCAGCCCGCGUAUGGGCAGCACACCACCGGGCAGCCCCCCGACGAGCUGUUCGGCGGGCCACUCGACUGGACGCUCCCCGACCAAUCGCUCACCGACUGGUUGGACCCCGGCCAGAACUUCACCAGCGAAGAUGUUGACCGGAUGUUUGCGCCCGCUGCGGCCAUGAGCCAAAGCGGAGACGCAAGCUUCGGUGCCGGGGUGAGCGACUGUAUCGAGGUUGCGACCGCCCCAGCAGGCCCGUCCCACGCCCCAGCCAGCAAUGGUGGGCAUGUCGGGGUCAAUGACAGGUCUCCAUAA